AUGAAUUAUUCAGUACUUUACAAGUGUAUCCCGUAUGUUCUUUCGGUGAUCCUGGUGCAGAUCGUGCUCAGGUCACUUAUUCAUAUGGUUUCGGGUAUUUGGAUAGGUAGCUUGAGUAUAUUUUUGCUCAAGUUACGCUCGAUCAAAGUAAAUGAUAACCUGCAUAUAGGUCAGGUACGAUAUCAUCUGCUAAGGAAGGAGAUUAUAAUCAGCGAUGUUAAGUUUAAGGAUAUUACAUCAGCUGAGAAUAAAAGUGAGGGAGGAGGUAGGCGUUUUGAAGCUGGGAAGGCGAGAUUGCCCCCAUACUUAGUAUCGUUGGUACGCAGUGUGCUAUGGUAUAUACCAAAACUGGCGCUUACCGUAGAAAAUGUGAAGAUGGAGGAAGUGUUUAUGGCCACUGCUAGAGUUGAAGUUAGGGCAGUGGAUAAUAAGGUGACGGUUUCGAUAUUGUAUAAUAAUUUAGAGUCUGGUGGGAUGGUAGUACUAAAGUCAGGAUCGUUAAAUGCUAUUGGUCAUUUCGAUCGUGAAAGUCCUAUUGGGUUCUCACAAGUAGAGUUGGCUUUGAACUUUAUGGAGCUUAAUCUACCGGUGUACCGCAUGAUAGGGAAGUACAUGAGGUAUGCAGACCAACAGUGUGAGGAUUUUGGAGAUACUUCUGAGAGCGAGGCUGCGAAUAGUAGCAAUGUUGACGAUUCUGACGACAAUUAUGCCGCAUUUUCUCAGGACUAUAUUAAGAGGUUAAGGUGUAACAUUGCAGCAGCCAGUCGUUAUUUUAGUUUAUUCCAAAAGGUCGAUCUUUUUAUAGAUGUGGUGAAGAUUACUGAUAUUCCUCCAACUCUAGAAGCGGAAGUUUGUGCGGCAUGUGAAGGGAUUCUGUAUGAGGCUACGCUCUCAAAUUUCACAGUACAGAUGUCGAGGUUUCACGAUGAGCAGCCCGGUUAUAAUAUAUUAUUUGAUGCCAGAGAUAAACCUAUCAGGUUGAGAGCUACUAUCUCCACCUUACAACUUGCAUUGAAAGAAACGACAACCAAAGAUGAUAAAUUGGUUGAGAAAUAUCUCAGAAUAUGCGAUAUUCCUAGUAUCAUAUUGUAUGGUGAUACUAAUAUUCUUUCAGAGACCCUCGUGGAUUUGGACGAUACCCGCGUUCCUAAAACAGUCAUUAAGAUGGUGGGGCAUAUAUCCUCACCCAUAGUCGAUUUUGAGCUUGAAGAACUUUCGCUGCUAAAAUCUUUGCAUACAAACCUGCAAGUUUUGGCUGCACUGUACGAGCAAGAGAGAGAAGUUCAUCUUCCUAGUUAUACAGGGAAAGAGCUCGGUCAAGAUUCGAUACUCCUUCCAAUACUUUGUUGUUUGAAGCAGCUUUUGCCAGAUAUCAACAGUAAAAUAACUAUUGAAGAUCCUGUUAUGAUUGUCAAAAACAAAAGUGACUUCUUUAUUCAUAAAUGCUCCAUUUUUUCAAUUCAGACGAGGUCUCAAAAACAUAUUGAAGGCUCUCUGCAUAGCAGGGAUCAAUUAAGUUACGUUCUUGAUACCAGUCUCGAGAUAUUAGAUAUUGAUGUCUCAUUUCAUUCAAAAUCCACAGGCUAUGUUGACCGUCCAAUUCACAUAGAAAGUGUAACAUGCAAAGCAGAGAAUCAAUUACUACCCUUACCAUAUAUGACUCUCUCGGUUGACAUUGAUUAUAUGGAAUGUAAUUUCUCAGAGUUGCAAACACUGACGGUACUAAAUCACUUUAUCCGCACAAUAAAUUCUGAGGUAUUCCAAGUUGAAACUCAGUAUUUUAUGAAGCUGUAUGAACGGUUCUCAGAUAAACUACAGAAAGGUGGCGAACCCGUCCAAGGGAAGAAAGAAGUAAUGGCCAUUAAUGACAUAAUUUCUGAAAAACUACCGUCAUACCUUGGCAGAAUUAAAAUAGAUAUAAGUGAUUUCUCAUUCAUAGUCGGGUCAAGAUCCGUAUUUAUGACGGAUUAUAAAUUUGGUAAACUAGAAAACCAGAGUCCCCACGAUUUUAUUGGUGGAGAGUUGCGUAAAGUUAGGUCAUCAAUGGGGCGUUUAAAACUAAUUUUAGACGCAUCGCAAUCCAACAUUUGUGAUGGUAACGAUUAUCCUGAAAGUAGUACCACUAGUGAAUUCUCUUACGACGAUGUUGGAUUGGAGAAUCCUCCUGUUGAUGCCAUAACGGCCGUUGAGCAUUUAUGGGAAUUUACCAUACUAUGUGAACAAGUUGUGGGCACUAUCUACUCGGAAUCUAGGAGAAGCAAGGAAGCUUUGUCGUCUAAGGCUGUAUUCAGGAUGCCUCACGCUGUUGCAAAAGUUUAUCCACGGACAGAUUCAGAUAGGGUUAUGAUUUAUUUUGACGUCGAACGACUGGAAAUAUUAUUCUCACUUAUGACCCUAUUUUUGAUAUUUUCCGCAUUUCAAACCAUUCGACAAGUAUUUUCAAAGGAAGUUCCUGUUCCAGAACGUAUUCCAUGUUCUAAAAGGCAUGGUCAACUUUUCACCUCAAAGAGUUUCUUUAACUUCGACACUAAGCAUAUAUUUCAAUCGCUCGACUUUAAGCUGGCCUCAAAACGCAUUGAUAUUGUAACUGUUUUGCCUAAUGGCGUGAGGUGUCGGUUUGACGCAUUCCAAUCUUCCAUGGAUUUAAAGAAUACUAGUGAUCUCCAAUUGGUAGGUUACUACUUCAGAAUGUGCGUGGAGUCUCCACGCUGCAAUCAAAAAUGGGUCCGUAUGAUUACUGCCGUUGAAUUCACUGCCAAAAUCAAUCUUAAAAAUUUACCGCAAGAAGGCGACUGGGUGGAUUUACUCGAAUCAGAACCUUCGGUAUUAUUUCAACAAGAGUCGCUACAUUGGCAGAUUCCUCACGGUUUUGAGAUGUACAAAAUUUUUGACAAUAUUAGUACUAUGUCGAAGAGCAUGAAGCAAAUGAUACACACCAUUAAGACAUCUAACAAUGAAUUAGUUGUUUUCCCAGAACCAAGGGACCCUGUGAAGGUUCCGAAAAUAAAGUUCAAAUCAAAAAGGUGGGUUUUCAGCAUUGAGGAUGACCCAUUCGAAACGACCCUUGGUAUGAUUUUCCAGAUAGGUUUGCAAGAACAACGUUCAAGGUUGGAAAAAUACGAUAUAUUUGAUGAAUGGGUUGAAGGCAAGAUUAAGGCUUAUCAACAGGAUCCAUUGAAAAGAUCUAAAGCAAGUAGUCAGAGUUUGGUGAAUUACAAAGCUGCAAGGAAGAAGAAGAAUGCUUCAAAAAAAUUUAGUACUAUAGUUUAUGAUAUUCCAGGUAAUAAUGCAAUGCUGGAAAGUAAAUUGUCUCAUAAUGACUAUGAAUUGUGUUGUGACCGCUUUCAUAAAUUGCAGGAACAAAUCUCUGAUUCAUGGAUAAAAAGGAUACAAAGUUUUAAAGAGAAAGAAAAGAGAAUAUUUAAUGACAAUUUCAAAUUUUUGUGGGGAAGGCUUGAGGCAGCUAGAUUGCCUCAAGAUGUAACAAAAGAUCUUGUUGACUUUUCCGUUUCUCCUGGUCUAAUGACCCUUAUCAUAGAAGGCGUCGAUAUUGAUAUUUUGCAGCCAUAUUGUGGACUCGAGAACUGCUCAAGUUUUAUUCAUGAGGUUGGAAAAGGAGUCCCGAAGGAUACGCAAUACUCCUUGUUGUUACCAUUUUAUAUUGAUGCAAGGUUUAGUGAACUUAGAUGCCAUUUGAAGGAUUACCCAUUACCUAUGGCUCAUAUUCCUAGGCUUUUGCCAGAACAGAUAACAAAUGAUGCUGCUAUUCACUUAUAUGGUGAUUUUUUUAUAACAGAAGACAUGAUACGAUCGGAGCAUGAGGUAAGAACAAUUUUUGUCCCUCUUGUACCAUCUGCUACUGAAGAGAUAGAUGAACCGUACUAUUCAUUAGCAAUUCCUCGUGGCCUAACGCCAACGAAGAUUUACACAAACUUGCAGAUGAAUAUUCACUCUGGCGACAUCACCACUGCAACAUGGGGCGGCUCUUAUGAGGCCGCGAUUCAACAAACAAUGAACUGUUUCGAUAACUUUUCGAAACCACCACUUUUCCCUUCGUUGAAGGUCGGGUUUUGGGAUAAAAUAAGAAAUAUUUUCCAUGCCAAGCUACACGUAAGAUGGUGUAAUGACGGUUUAUUCGAAGUAUCGAUGAAGGGAUCGAAGAAUCCAUAUGCUAUAGGAGCAGAAUCUGCCGGAUUUGUUGUUGGCUUGAAGGGAAACGUUCAAGUAAAUAUUAAUUCUGAAGAAGAUCCUACUAAAUUCUUCACCAGUUCCGCUGAUAACAUUUACUUUGCGAUACCUAAUUAUUUUGCGAAGCCAUUGCUCGUUUGGUGUUUUAGUUCUGAAAAUGCUGUCUUCAUCCCUAGUCAAGAUGAUACAAAUUUGCAAAGGUCAGCAGCCUACUAUUAUUAUAUUGAUAUGAUGCCUGUUGCUAAUUUACGAGUGCAGAGAGAAGUGAUGUACAGAAACUAUAUUGAAAAAACGGCUAUCAAAUUAAGUGGAGGCGUUAGUUUUAAUAUUGGACUUUUGUUCGAAAGAUUCAUUCCCGGUACUAAACAAAGGACAUUUGAAUCGCGUUCACAUUAUAGCGUGCGCCUUUCAAACCUUCACACUGAGUCUGGUCUUGCUACUGACCCGUAUACUGGUUUUAGAAGCGACUUUAUACAUUUGUCUUUUACACUUCUGUCCAACAAUCCUCGCGCUUAUAAUACCAUGCAGCUGACGCCUGGAGUAUUAAAUGUCUUCUUUUCCUGGUGGUCUAGUUUCUUUGGAAAUAUGCCUAUACGAAGAGGAAAUCUGUUUGAGAAACAUAACCGAAGUCCAAAGUUUGGAGAGCAUAUUUACUCUAUUUCUUAUCAUGCAGAUAUUUCUCCAUUCUUUAUAUGCCACACUUAUAUGAAUACUUCAGAUAGCUUCCAAACGGAUUCUGCAAACGAGAUGGUAGAAUUUGUGGGCUUGAAAGCUAAGAUGGAUAGGUAUCUGAUGGACUUACAUCAAAGGAAAGAGGUAUUACAUGAAAGGAAUAAGGAACUGGACGUUAUUAAAAGAGUUAUGAGGUUGUUGUUUAAAGAAGGUGAUGUAUCCACUUACAAUAUUGAUAUAAGGACAUUGGAUGCUAUCUUUAAACCAGCUAUUUUCUCUGAUGAGUUCCAAACUGCAGAAUUUAAUAUUUAUGGUGAUGAUAUGACGUGGUAUGAUAUUCUUGACUAUAAAGAAUUCAAAUAUAAAGUAUUGGAUGGCUGGGUUCCAAAUGUCACAAUCGGUCAAUUGUUACAUGCACCAAAAUUUGUUUAUCGUAAACAAGCAAGCUAUGGAGAUAAGUAUCAAGUUGAUUUUACCACAUGCGAAAGGAUAGAGCCGAUUGAUAAUUCGGUAUCUCAUGUAUGUUCUUUGGAACCGCAUAUAGGGGCUCCUUUCCACAUAUUACAGGAUAGAAAGGAUUUCUUAAUGAAGGAGAAAGCUAAUGCAGAACGGCAGUUGGAGGUCGCUACAGAUGACAACGAGCGUCAAGCGGUAAAAGCCUCCAUAGAAAAGUUGGAAACUGUCCUGUCAAUGAUUUCUGCUUUGAUCGCAGAUGGCGGAAGUUUUGAAGCCGGGAGAGGCAAAGGCAGCAGAGAUCAUUUGAAUAUAAAAGUUCCAGCUGUCAACUAUCUGGAUAAAACAAAUUCUGUUACCAUAUCUUCAUUUGAGAACAAGUUCUUCCUGUUUUACAUGAGAUUAAAAUGGAAUGAAGAUGCAAGAGAUGUGAUCUUUAGGUAUCUUCAUCUUUUAGACUUAUAUUCACAGAGCUCUGCUUUAAAGAGGUCUAAAAUUUUUAAGGUGUUUGAAAGGCUAUGUGAGCAGCAUGUUGACACACCAAACACAACACGUUCAACUAGCGAUAUACAAUCUGAUACCGAAGGUACCGGUUUAGCAACCAAUUUAGAUCAAUCAUAUCCUAACGAGUUCCAAUCGCAGUCUUUAACUGAGAUAUUUGAAGAAGGAAUUUAUCAGUUGGGAGCCGAUAUGGAAUAUGUAACUCACGAUAAUCACUUUAUCCAGUUUGUGGCUCCUCAAAUUCAACUCAGUACCAAAGAAACGCCAUCUACGUGUAUUCUUGUCGCUGCUCCCACUAUAAAAAUGAAGAUUGUAGAUUUUGAUUCCAAUACCUCGGACAACGAGUAUGUGAAGAACGUUUUCAUGACGAGGUAUGCAGCUACACUUAUGCAGGCAAAUGUUUUCAUUUUUCAGGAGAAUGAAUUCAAAGGCUUUGAAAAUGCCUUCUUUGACCCAAUUGGUUAUGAUGUCAAGAAUUCUGAUAACUGGCAACCAUGGUUAGGUCCUGAGCUAAGCUUUGAACCAGAACCUUUGAAAACCAGUAUGAUUAUUAGAGACUUUUCGUCUGUGUUUAAGUUUGACAGGGUAUCUUCAUUUGCUAAUUUAUCAGAUCAGCUAGCUGAUUUGAUCUAUAUGGAUAAAGUUGUGUGCUCAGUACCUCGUUUUGUCCUUUCUUCUGAUUCUAAACAGUAUUUGGCUCUCUACAAUAUUGUUACAAAUGUUUUUCUCUAUGUUGAACCCAGAAGUGCGAGAUUAAAGAAACAGGUAAACCAAUUACUACUGGGUUACGACCCAAGUAAUCUAUAUGAGUAUAGAGAGCUUAUCGAUAGGAUGCUAAAGACAUUGGAUACCCUAAAAGUUAUCGAAGACGAGCUAUCCUUUAAGAAGUAUUUACUUGACGAUGUUGGAACUUCCGACCUUCAGUCAAUUAGACGGGCUAAAUUUGAAUCCUUCACUAAACUUUCUAUUUUAAUGAAAGUUCUGACUUCAUCCAAUAUUGACGAGAUCACAGAAGACAGGAAAUUGAUGUUUAUUGUGUCCUCUGAGGAGUUUAUAUUGCAUAUGCUAUAUGACAAUGGUGAGCCAUUUUUGGACGCAGCGUUGGCCAACUCCUAUUUCCACCGUAUAGAAUCCUCAACUGGGUCAAAUAGUAAUAAACUGGUUAUUAAUAUGCUGCAAGUUUUCAAUUUGGAAGAAAAUGUAAAGUACCACAACUUGCUAGGUCCUUUGCAGAAAAAAAACAGCAAGGAUUCAGCAGAGCCAUUAAUUUCAUUGGAGUGGGAUAUGGAUAGACCAGUUGCAGGUAUUAGGGUGGUGAAAAAUGUGUUAACUGAACUUCAAGGUCUAGAAGUUAAAGUGGAACAACAUACAAUAGACAACUUUUUCAAGUGGACCAUGCCUGAAAUGAUACAAGAGCUUUUGAAUAGUAACGAAUUGCAAGACUUUGACAGCACGAACAGUAAUUUCGAUAUCGUUAGUAUCAUAACAAGGGAAUCGAUCACUUCGAACAGUAGCCACAGUUGGAUUCCUCUGCGCAACGUUUAUUCAAGUAGCACUACAAGAGCACGGGAUGGAAGCGAACUGCGUGAAAUGGUUCAGCGUUCCUCAGAUUACAUGAUUAUUGAGAAUAUGGUCAUAAAUAGUUUCCCGCUUGCAAUAAGUUAUAGAGGACAAGGUGCUAAACGUCUCAUAAAUGUAACAGACUUCAUGUUCAUGUUCCCAAAACUUCAAUUCAUCAACCAAACGAUCACGAUACGAGAAGUCAUGAAGGGAAUCAAAAAGGUGCUACUUAAAUCAUUAUUAAAACAUACUGGUCAAUUUUUAGGAAAUAAACUCCGCAGGAUUAGAAAUCACAAAAACCCUCAUGAAGACGAUGAUUCUAACGAUAGUCAACGUGGGCGUUACCCUAUUCAAACACCGUUAAGGCAGCUUCAAAGGUAUAAGUCAUAUACUGAUAUUAGUGAAUUAAGAAUGGAAAAUUGA